UAGUUAGUUACAAGAUUCCUACAUUCCCUACAUAUAAUACGGAUAUAACUUUAGUAUGAUCUGCGCAUGCUUUAUUAUUAUAUGUUGUUGAAGUUUCCUGCUGUUUCCCACAUGAAUUCAUGCUUCCUAAGGAAGCUACCCUUAAUUUUUUCAAUAGGUGUUUCCCACUCCAAUUCCAGAUCUUUCCUCCGAAGGUCCAUUAGUGAUGUCAGGUAGAUACCGAGGAGUAUUCCCUGAGUCGCUUAAAGCUAAAGGAGUCCUUGCAGACUUGAGUAACUUCUCCCUGGAUCUGAAAGCUAUACAGGCAAAGGAUAUGCCUCUUGAUAAGGUGUUGGCAAGGCAACAGGUUGAACUACUUACAGCUCAGGCCUGGUUGACUGAAAAUAAAGACCUUGAACAGAAGAUAGCACAAACAAGUAUACAGAAUGGCGUUAUUUCAGAGUAUACUCGCAUGAUAUUGAUAGAGACCGAUAGAGGCAAAGUUGUCACUGAAUCAACCUCCAAGCGGAAGGUUUCCACUGCUCCUAAGAAGAUUGAAGAGACUAAAUUGCAGAAAAGGAUAUUGCUACAGAACCAUGGGCCUGGUUUUGGUAACUGCAGUGCUACAGUUGAAAAUAUUCCUCCUGGAGCCACCGAGACAAAACCUGAAACAGCAGAGAUUUUGGCGAAGGCAGCAUCUAAUUGCUGCGGAAAGAUGUGUGACAUAUGCUGUUGUAUGUGCUGUGCACGGAUAUGUUCAAGGAUGAAUGAUCAGUGUGCAAUCGUGCUGACACAGUUCCUGGGUUCCUUGGCAUGCUUAGGUUGCUUUGCUUGCUGUGAAUUAUGCUGUUCCGGAAAUGAUGGAUGAGAAAGUGACCGCAUAGCUUCCUUGCAGUCCUGUUGUAUAUUGCGUCAAUUGUGACAGUUUCAUACGAUUGUCCUAGUACAUUUAUGGUUCUUGUGAAUAUUGUAUUUAUCAACACAGUUCUACCAAUUGCUUCACUGUAAUUGUGUAGAAAUAUAAGAUUUGAAUGCUUGAUAAUCAGAGAAGAAUAACGUUGAAUAGA